GAUAUUAUUAGUAGUACUUCUCUUUUGUUAUAUAGGGUUUAAGAGUUGGAGUCAUAUAUAUAAUUAUGGGUUGUUUAUUAUCUGGUCGUAGUGUUGGGGUAUUAAUUCUCUUGUUUGUGUUUGUUGUGGAAAGUUAUGUGGUGUUUGGUGAUGAUGUUACGAGGGGAGUUGAAGAUGAUGAAAAGUUUCUAUUUAAGCAUCGUCGUUUUGGUGAUCGUUUUGGUGGGUUUAAACAUGGUGGAGGUCUUGGUGUUGGUGGAGGAGCUGGUGGUGGUCUAGGUGGAGGUGCGGGUGGUGGAGGUGGUCUUGGAGGAGGAGCUGGUGGUGGCUUAGGAGGUGGUGCAGGUGGUGGUCUUGGAGGUGGUGGUGGUCUAGGCGGAGGAGGUGGUCUUGGUGGAGGUGCUGGUGGUGGCUUAGGAGGUGGUGCAGGUGGUGGUCUUGGUGGAGGAGCUGGUGGUGGCUUAGGAGGUGGUGCAGGUGGUGGUCUUGGUGGAGGAGCUGGUGGUGGCUUAGGAGGUGGUGCAGGUGGUGGUCUUGGAGGUGGUGGUGGUCUAGGAGGAGGUGUUGGAGGUGGAGCUGGUGGUGGCAUUGGAGGAGGUGCUGGUGGUGGAGCUGGUGGUGGUAUUGGAGGAGGUGCUGGUGGUGGAGCUGGUGGAGGCAUUGGAGGAGGAGCCGGAGGAGGAGGUGCUGGUGGUGGAGCUGGUGGAGGCAUUGGAGGAGGAGCCGGAGGAGGUGGUGGAAUUGGAGGAGGUGCUGGUGGUGGCAUUGGAGGAGGAGCCGGAGGAGGUGGUGGAAUUGGUGGUGGAGCAGGUGGCGGUGGUUUUGGUGCAGGUGGAGGUGUUGGAGGUGGUGGUGGUGGUGGUGGAGGAGGAGGAGGUGGUGGUGGAGGUGCAGGAGGAGGUUUUGGAGCAGGUGGAGGAUUUGGUGCUGGUGCUGGUGCUGGUAUUGGAGGUGGAGUUGGUGGUGGCGGUGGCGGUGGCGGUGGCUUUGGUGGCGGCGGCGGCAUUGGUGGUGGUCUUCAUUGAUCAACAAAGUUUCACUCUUCUUGCAUGCAAUAAUAAGCAAGGGGUAGUAAUGUUCUCCUAUUUACUCUUAGAAGUGCCCUAGGUGCUCUUAUAUCAAGUGGUUAAUCACCUUUAUUAGUUGUUAUUCUUUGAAAAAACUUGUUGAAAUUUGGUAUUCCUAGUAACUAAACAAGUUCAUAUCUAUCAUACAUAUAUUCUUCUUUUGUUGUUGUUGAGUUAAAAGCAAAAGCUUUUGCCCAUCUUGUCAUCAUUAAUAAAUAUAGUUCUAUUCUCAAGUUUGUACU